UUUUUGUGAAGUUAGUGAGGCUUAAUGAAAAAUUUCCAUAUUUCCAUUCUCAUAAUUUGGGGCGCUCAAGCGGAUGACGAUCCUGGGUCGUGUCUCCUAGGUGUCAGGUUUCAUUAAUCGGAAAAGAAGAUGGCUGAGUCUUACUCAAAGGAUAGUACAACGGGGGCGAUUGAUAAAUACAAUGUCGAAGCAGCUGAGAUUCUUGCUAAUAGUGUGCUGCAUUUGCCUGUUACACAGUCGGCGCCUGUAUACGAGCAACUUUUAUCGGUCUUUCCCACAGCUGCAAAAUAUUGGAAGCAGUAUGUGGAGGCACACAUGGCUGUAAAUAAUGAUGAUGCUACAAGGCAGAUAUUUAGCCGCUGUUUAUUAAACUGUCUCCAAGUUCCUCUUUGGAGAUGCUACAUUCGGUUCAUUAGGAAAGUCAAUGAGAAGAAGGGUGUAGAGGGUCAGGAAGAGACUAGAAAAGCUUUUGAUUUUAUGCUCAGCCAUGUUGGAUCUGACAUAGCAUCUGGACCUAUAUGGCUGGAAUACAUCACCUUUUUAAAGUCAUUGCCGGCUCUAAACACACAGGAAGAAUCACAACGGAUGACUGCUGUGCGUAAAGCAUAUCAAAAAGCUAUUGUUACUCCUACCCAUCAUGUUGAGCAACUAUGGAAGGACUAUGAAAAUUUUGAAAAUUCGGUUAGCCGUCAACUGGCCAAGGGACUUUUAUCUGAUUAUCAACCAAAGUAUAACAGUGCUAGGGCUGUGUAUAGGGAACGGAAGAAAUAUGUUGAUGAAAUUGAUUGGAAUAUGCUUGCUGUACCCCCAACUGGCUCUUACAAGGAAGAAUUGCAGUGGAUGGCUUGGAAGAGGCUAUUGGCCUUCGAAAAGGGAAAUCCUCAAAGGAUAGACAAUGCAUUGUCCAACAAGCGAAUUAUAUUCACCUAUGAGCAGUGUCUGAUGUAUUUGUACCAUUAUCCUGAUAUAUGGUAUGACUAUGCUAUAUGGCAUGCAAAAAGUGGCUCUGUAGAUGCUGCAAUCAAAGUAUUUCAGCGUUCUUUGAAGGCUCUUCCAGAUUCAGAAAUGCUGAGGUAUGCUUUUGCAGAACUGGAGGAAUCUCGUGGAGCAAUUCAGGCAGCAAAAAAUUUAUAUGAAAGCCUUUUGGCAGACGGUGUUAAUGCAACAGCUCUGGCACAUAUACAAUUUAUUCGUUUCCUAAGAAGAAACGAAGGAGUUGAAGCAGCUCGCAAGUACUUCCUUGAUGCUCGCAAAUCCCCAAACUUCACAUACCAUGUAUACGUUGCUUAUGCCUUGAUGGCAUUCUGCCUUGACAAGGAUCCAAAGGUUGCGCACAAUGUUUUUGAAGCUGGAUUGAAACGUUUUAUGCAUGAGCCAAUGUAUAUCCUUGAAUAUGCAGAUUUUUUGUCUCGCUUGAAUGAUGACAGGAACAUUCGGGCUUUAUUUGAGCGGGCUUUGAGCUCACUCCCGCCUGAAGAAUCCAUUGAGGUGUGGAAACGAUUCACCCAAUUUGAGCAAAUGUAUGGAGAUCUAGAUAGCAUGUUGAAGGUUGAGCAAAGACGAAAAGAAGCUCUUUCGAGGACUGGUGAAGAGGGAGCAACUGCAUUAGAGGGUUCAUUGCAAGAUGUCGUAUCACGCUAUAGUUUCAUGGAUCUUUGGCCCUGCUCUUCUAAGGAUCUGGAUCAUUUGGUCCGGCAAGAGUGGCUUGCCAAAAACGUUAACAAGAAAGUGGACAAGACAGCUUUCCCUAAUGGACCUGGAGUUGUUAGUACAGAUAGGGGUCCAUCUGGCCUGCCGAGCAAUUCAACUACAUCUGCUAAAGUUAUUUAUCCAGAUACUUCUCAGAUGGCAAUUUAUGAUCCAAGGCAAAAGCCUGGAAUUGGAAUUUCUCCUAGUACAACAUCAUCUGGAGCCGCUUCCAACAUGUCUAAUCCCAUGGUUGCAAUGGUGGGUAGUGGAACAAUGAAUACAUUUGAUGAAAUACUGAAGGCAACACCGCCUGCAUUGGUAGCGUUUUUAGCAAACUUACCUGCUGUUGAAGGUCCAACACCGAAUGUGGAUGUUGUUUUAUCAAUUUGUUUGCAGAGUGACAUACCAAGAGGGCAGACUGGGAAAUCGGGGACUUUCCCUGCUCAAACACCAGCAGGCCCUGCUAUUAGUGCAAGUGAUGUCUCUGGCUCCACCAGAUCCCAUCCUGUCCCAAGUGGUUCCUCGUUUAAACAAACAAGAGACAAGCAAUCCCUCAAAAGAAAGGAUUUGGACAGGCAAGACGAGGAUGAAACCACAACUGUGCAAAGCCAGCCAUUACCCAGGGAUGUUUUUAGGAUACGACAGAUGCGGAAAGCUCGAGGAAGUGCUAGUUCACAGACAGGAUCAGCAUCAUAUGGAAGCGCUCUUUCUGGAGAUCUCUCUGGUAGCACUGGCUGAUGUACCACACAGCUACUACAACCACUGUAUGCUAGAAUUAUCUGUCUACCACAAGUUUUGAAACUUACCAUGUUAAUUUAUCAGUUAAAGCUCAAAAUGCUGGUUUCUUAGCCAAGGGAAUUGAACAACUAAUUUCAAUUUUAAUUAUAUUACAUUGAUAUUUAUGGGUAACCAAUUAG